GGUCAUAUGCAUACAGGUCAGAUAUUUUGAUUUCAUUAGUUAUCGCAAACGAUGCUGCAAUGUAUGGUAAGUUGCUUUCAAUAUUUUAGUAAGGCCAUCAGUAAUCAAUAAUCAAGAAUCAAAAGCUUUCCUAAUAAACUCAAGUUGAUGAUUCAGUCAAUUCAUAAAGGUCCAUAUUUAACAGGUACGGUGGCGGCAGUGUGCGCUUCUAUCUGGCAGUAAACACAAAGACGUAACGGAUUGGCGGUCCACUGGAAGGGGCGGGACUUCCUCUGAUGCACGCGUCCCUGCAGGGCUUCCGUAGUUCUAAACUCGGCAGUCGAACUUAUUUUGCGCCACUCGCCGUUGAGCAACUUUUCCAGUUCGUCUGUUAGUCACAGACUCACAUCAGUGUGUGUGAGGACAGCGUGUUGGGUUAAUAUAAAGUGAAGCUCUCCUUUGAUCAAAGCUUUCCUCAACGUAUUGCUCUGGACUCGCGCUAGUAGAAGCUAGCUAGUUAGCUGCUAACUAGUCGCUAGCAGCUCACGAGCUUCUGACCUCAGCGGGUCAGUGAGCUGCUAGCAGCGGGUCCAGGCCGAGGAGAACCCGCCAGCAUGGACGCGUGGGUCCGGUUCAACGCCCAGAGCCAAGCCAAGGAGCGGGUCAUCAGGGCGGCCCAGUACGCAUGCGCCCUGCUGGGCUACACGCUGCAGAGGGGCGGGGCCACGGCGGAGCUGCGCAGGACGGUCACCCAGCUGGAGGCGCACAUGAGCCUGACCCGGAAGUUGCUGCGUCUGGGGAACUCUGUGGAGGCGCUGCAGGCGGCCAAGAGGGCCAUCCACCUGCCGGACAGCGUGCCGCGGCUGUGCCUGACCAUCGGCCACCUCAACAGAGCCGUGUACUUCGUCUGUGACAACGUCCUGUGGGCCGGGAAGACGGGCCUCGCCCCCUCUCUGGACCAGCACAAGUGGAGUCAGCGGUCUUAUAGGUACUACCUCUUCGCUCUGAUCCUCAACCUGACUCGAGAUUUGUACGAGCUCCGCCUCCUCGUUGAGUGUGAGGGCCGCUACAGGGCCUCCAAAGCCCCCCGCUCCCCCAGCACCCCCCUGUCAGCGGACCACCUGUGGGCCCCCUCCACACCCGCCACCGCAGCGUGGAUCCGGCUGCGCAGACGGCUUCGCCUGCUGGCGACGGUGCUGCGCAGCAACCCGCCGCUGCUGCUGGACCUGGCCAAGAACACGUGUGACAUCUUCAUCCCCCUGGACCGGCUCGGCAUUUACCCCACAGGCUCCGGCUUCGUGGGCGCCUGUGGCCUGGCCUCCUCGGUCCUCUCCAUCGUCGCCAUGGUGCACCCCUGGCUCAAACUCAAGCCGUGAGCCCAGGUCCGGAGUGGCGCUGGACCCACAGGGUGGACUGAGUUGAGACUCCUAACAGGCGCAGAUUGUUCUGCAUGGCACCGCCUCCACUAACCUUCUCGCUCGCGGCAAUAAUGGACCUGCAUGACCCGGUCAACGCUUCACGGAGGACGAGUCGGGACCCAGCGGCGCCGACCGCAUCAAGCUCCGCCCCCAGGAUGUUCAUCAGUCCUCAAUGCUAAGUCAUCCUAGAGGGUGCAAAAUAAAACUAAAUAAAGAAACUUGAUGAGCGCCGCCAUGUGGACCCGUCCAGUCUAACACGACACACACACCAAGGACCCCGGUGAGCCCUCGACGUGGUCCAGCGCCGUCUCCCAGGUGGUGGGCCGUGCUGAUGCGUGGGCGUCAUUUAGGGGACCGAACGGAUCCAGGAUGCUUCAGGAAUUUAGGUUAUCAUCUAUUGCAGCGGCAGGAAAUGGCAGACUAGACAUCGCGAUUUAAACUGUGCCCCAGAAGCACACGGCCAAGACCACACGGGAGCGUCUCCAUGGCGACUCGGAGGCGACUCAACGUCUGAACACGAAGCUCCCAAAGGAGAACCGGCCCGAGGCGGGCCCAGCGUGGUACUCGGACCUGAGGCUGUGAAUACGUGUUGUUUAAUACAUUUGCUGAACAUCUUAAGCUUCAUAUCUCGUCACUGAGGGGGAAAGUAGUGAGGCUGUAACAAUGUGGGAACGGCUCAUCGCUGUGAAUACUUUAUGGAUGUACUAGUUAUAUUAUAUAUAGAUUUAACAGAGGCUGCACGAUCUGAACAAUGUGAUCGGAUCUACAAUUGAACAUGUAGUUUGUCGUGCAGCUCAAACGAGUUCUACCCAAUGAGGUCGAGUGACAGGAAGAGCUCAUUUGCAUCUGGGCCAUCAUUUAUUACGUUACCAUGGCGAUUGGACUGUCAGAUUGUUACAUAACACUAAUACUCCAUCAGCCAUGUCCCUGUAGUGUGUGUGUGAGAAACUGCUCUCUUGCUGCUGACAUUAAAGAGUUAAUAAAC